UCGGACUUUCGUUGUUGAAACACCUAGUGGACCUGUUCGUGGUUUGGUGUUGCGCACAGUAUGGAAUUCGGUCAAAUAUUCUUCGUUCAAAGGGAUUCCCUAUGCGAAACCACCCCUUGGUGACUUGAGAUUUAAGGUGAAUUAAAGUAAAACACUUCUUUUUUUCCGAGUGUUCUUGAUCUCACUUCCAUUGUUGAUUACAAUACGAAACUCGAACCAAAAAUAUCGAAAUAAAAAUCAUAUGAAAAAUAAGUAUCUCUUUACGAGGGAAAAAUAAAUAUUUCUUGCAUUUAACAGUGAUUUCCACUUACGGACAGAAUGCUUCAGUGAUAUUCCAUAUAAUCGUUUCAUUUAUUUUGAUUAUUGCAGCCUCCGGUUCCGAAAGAACCAUGGAAAGGUGUGUUAAAUGCUUUCGAAGAGGGCAAUAUGUGUCCUCAGUCGGAUUACGUGACGAGCGUAUUUAGUGGUCACGAGGAUUGCUUGUAUCUGAACGUGUAUACUCGUGAGAUGAUAUUCAAGGGUAAAGUAAGAUUGAGACCAGUUAUGGUGUGGUUAUACGGUGGUGGCUAUAUGUCUGGUCAUUGUAAUUCGUCCUUAUACGGACCUGAUUUCUUUAUGGAAGAAGAUGUUGUUUUGGUCACCUUCAAUUACCGACUUAGCGUUUUAGGAUUUCUGGCGCUAAAUCAUCCGAACGCAACGGGUAAUGCUGGUUUAAAGGAUCAACAGUUGGCUUUUCAAUGGGUACAAAGCAAUAUUGCCGCGUUUGGGGGCGAUCCAGAACAAGUGACAAUUUUUGGGGAAAGUGCUGGCAGCACUUCCAUCGGUUUUCACAUGUUAUCUGAACGAUCCAGAGGACUGUUUCGUCGAUCGAUUAGCAUGAGUGGCACACCGUUGUGCCCCUGGGCGUACCAUACACCGGAACAGAUGAUUCAUAAUGCUUAUAAACUCGCUGGCUUUCUUAAUUACGUACCUAAGAGCAGGGAUGAUUUGUUGAAUUAUCUUCGUCACGCACCUGCGAUCAAACUUAUAAGAGCAGCGGAAAAAGUUGACCUGAAUAUAUUGCCAUUUCGACCGACUAUAGAAAAUCCCGAUAUAGAUCCUACCAACAGCUCGUUUCUAACAGAAUGUCCCAUAGCAAAAUAUCAUAAUGGAGACUUCUAUCAUCACGAUAUGAUGUUGGGUUACACUCGCAACGAAAUUCUUCUCUUCCUAGGUCCGCCAAUAGGAGUGGCAAACAUGAUCGACUGGGCCAGAAAGUAUCUCCAGAGCAUAAAUACAUAUAAUGAGAAGUAUACCAAAGAACCAAUAGCACUAUUCGCGCAAAUUAUAUGCAAUUUUUUUAACACCAGUUAUAAUAAGCUGGAGAAGAUCGCGAUGGAUAUACUCUUCUCUGGCCCCAUAGAUCUGACUCAAAGGUUAAUUACUACGCACAAUAAGGGUCACUCUAUCUAUUAUUAUAGAUUAUCGUAUCAAUCAAAGUACUCUUGGCACAUAGUUGAUCACAAUCCAUUGAAUGGGACUGCUCAUUUUGACGAUGUUGGAUACAUAUUCAAUUCAAAUGCACUUCGUGCACCUACAAAUCCGAGACAUAGAUUCAAUCGAUUCAGAAAAAAGAUGGUGAAGCUGUGGGCUAAUUUCGCCAAAUACGGAGAUCCUACUCCAAAGAAUCAUAGUCGUUCGCAUCUCGACGUCAAUUGGACAAAUUCUGGGCACAAUGGUCUUCAACUAGACAUUAAUACAGUUUCCACGAUGCAUAAACGUUUGAUCGAUGCAAAAACUGAAAGUUUCGAAAGAUUGUACUACAGGGUACUGCCAUUGAUUUCGUCUUGCGUGAACAAGCCUAUAAGGUUUUUAAAUUGUGUCUGAUAUUGUUGUAUAUUGUUACGUUUAAUAAAAUUAAGAAGAAAA